AUGUGCGAGUGGGAUUCGGGUAGAGUGGUUUAUGCUCGUAUUCUCAUUGAGAUGUUGGCUAAAGAUCCCAGGGAAAAAGAAAGAAAAAUCAAAGCGUUCAUGGAUAACGGUGCAACCUCUACUUCACUCCGAGUGGAGAGAACUAGAGCUAUUCCUUUCACUAAAAAGAAGGUUCAAGUCGACAACUGUAAAGGAAAAGGGGUCGGUUUAAAGAUUACUCAAGUCUACGAGCGAAUCAUUCAUGAUCUAAAGAAGAAGAAUGUGUCGACCAACAUGUUGGAUUCUCUUUUGCAUCAAAGAGUUGACGAUACAGAAGAUGAUUCUAGUAUCCCCCUAUCAUCCACUCUAGAGAUAUCCUCCCAACUUCCGACGCACAACCGAGCUCCUCUCACGGUGGCCAUAUCUCUACUCCAGUUGAUCAGUGUUGAUGAUUUUAGGUCUUAG